GUUGUUCCUGGUUUUUCGGAAGUCGUUGCACGCGUUGCACUCUGGUCACGACCUCGAUGUUGACCAUGAUGACCAGGUCAUGCCACCCGAAAUUCUCCCUUCAAGCGGUCCGCACACAGCCAAGCUGCUGCUCAAAAGGCAAUAGCGACACUGGUGAUGGCGCACGAAACCACCCCCCUCGCUCGCAGUGAUGAGGGUCUUCUUCGCGACGCUCACGCUCUUUGCGUGCGGAGCGUGCGCGGCAAGUCUGCGCGUGGUGUAUGUUACGACGCUAGGACAGGACCCGCAGACGGUGAACAGGCUGAAUGGGGAGUCGUUUCAGCAGGACGCGUUGGUGACAUUUAAUGGUUACCAAUACGCCGCGUUCUAUGUGAACGACGCCGUGAACGCGUCCGUGAGGCAUCCGUCGCUCGCGCGCAGGGCUCUGAAGGGAGACAAGACGUCCUGGGAUUCCUUUUCCUUCGCGGACUACAAUCAAACUGAGGACGACGGGCACGACAUAAUAUCCCUCGGAAUAUCUCGCGGAGACGGCACACUUCACAUCGGAUUCGACCAACACGACAACGACUUGAACUAUCGCGUUUCCAAUGCAGGGGUCGCCACAAACCCUGUAGAGACGGAAUGGUCAUCUUCAGUGUUUGGUCCAGUUCUGGAUCAUCUCCCGGGACUAGAGUCGCUCGACAAGUCUGUGUACUUCAUAAAUGUCACGUAUCCGCGAUUCUUGGCGGUGCCGACCUCCCAGCAAGAAAACAACGCAGGUGCGGACCUCAUUCUGGAAUUGCGGGUCGGGCGCUCGGGGCUUGGCGACGAUUGGUUGUACAAGUACACGCCCAACGAGGGGUGGGCGCAGAUUGGGAGAUAUCUUGAGGGAGUCAACAAUAACGCAUACAUCAACGGCAUCGACUUCGACCCACGAGGAAACCUGCAAACCACCUGGACAUACCGUGACUUUGUCAAUGAUACUGGUCAAAAUGUCGCUGUGCAGGCCGGCCCCAACGGUCCCGAGAACAAUCACGAUAUGAAUUUUGCGUUCAGCACCGACCUCGGCGAGACGUGGUUGAAUAAUUGGAACCAGACUAUUGCGAACAUGACGGCGCAGCUGCCGAUCGUUCCCGUCUCUGCCGGUAUCACGAUCUUCGGUAUUCCGAAGUACGGUGGAAUCCUGAACCAGGAGGCACAGACAGUCGAUAGCGAGGGUCGCAUCCAUGUCCUGAAUCGGGAAAACACGACCGGUGUCGAGCAAUGGUACCACUACUGGCGGAGCACGACUGCGCACUGGACGCGUACGCCACUUCCCCUCGCCCCCGAGCUAGUCAGCGCGAACAACAUCACCGGCACGCCCACCGUAAUCGGGAAACGGGGCAAGCUUGUCGCGCCCCCAAAUUCACCGCACGGCUCCCUCCUGGCUAUCCUCCCGUCAAAUGCGCCGAACUCGACAGCGAUUACGAUCUUACGCAGCACCGCGGCUGGACACUUCCGCGAUUGGGAGGCGGUAUGGGAGGCGCCGAGCGGGUGCGGAUGGGAGCCGCUCUUCGACAGGUAUAGGCUGGACACCGCUGCGGGCGGGGAUGGGAUCUUGAGCUUGUUCUUGGUGAACGGGACGGAGAUCCAGGUGUCGGAUUUCGACCUCGGGGAUAUCUAGAUGAUGUUGAGUUACAGGCCGCAGAAUGUGAG